AUGGCUGCGACCUUUUUUAAACUCCUCGUCGCCUCCCCCGAAAUCAAUCCUAGUACACGAAAAGCCAAGUCGAUUCCGGUACUGAAUCCAUUCGACAAAUAUGGACGAGUAUUUUUCUUCUCAUGGCUGGGUUUCAUGGUCGCAUUCCUAUCUUGGUAUGCAUUUCCACCACUGUUAACCGACACAAUUAAAAGAGACCUACAUAUGACCCAAACCCAAGUAUCAAACUCAAAUAUUGUUGCCCUACUAGCGACACUUCUUGUGCGAGUCGUGGCUGGCCCACUCUGCGACCGGUUCGGCCCACGCUUAGUCUUUGUGGGACUACUAUUAGCCGGCGCAAUCCCAACAGCCAUGGCCGGUCUAGUUACCACCCCAAAUGGUCUAAUUGCUUUACGAUUCUUCAUCGGGAUUCUCGGUGGUACAUUCGUUCCAUGCCAGGUAUGGUGCACAGGUUUUUUCGAUAAAACCAUUGUUGGAACGGCCAAUUCCCUAGCUGGAGGAUGGGGAAACGCAGGUGGUGGAAUCACCUACUUCCUCAUGCCAGCCAUCUAUGACUCUCUUGUCACAUCCCAAGGUCUAACACCUCACAAAGCAUGGCGGGUCGCCUACAUCGUCCCAUUCAUAAUCAUCACCGCCGUCGCGCUGGGAAUGUUAUUCCUCUGCGAUGACACACCAACAGGCAAAUGGUCAGAACGCCGUCUCUGGGCUAAAGAAAUGAGUCCCAGCACCAACCUCACAGAUGUAAACAUCGUCGACCUAAAAUCCGGCUCCUCCAGUCCUGCUUUACUCCACAACACCACCACGACAAUCGACAUAGAAAAGAAAGGUGUCCAAUCCCCUCAAUCACCUGAUCAGAACCCCUCGUCCAUGGGCCAGAUCUCUCCAGAACAAGAAAUUGUCAUCCCGCCCUCGCGCAGGGAAGCUCUUAGCGUUGCAUUCAGCUUAUCAACAAUGGGGGUCGCAAUUCCAUACGCAUGCUCUUUCGGCGCGGAGUUAGCUUUGGAUAGUUUUCUGGGAACGUACUACUCGACGAAUUUCCCAACAAUGGGACAGACGGAAUCAGGACGGUGGGCUGCCAUGUUUGGAUUAUUGAAUAUCGUCUUCCGUCCCGCAGGCGGGUUUUUGGCAGAUCUGGUGUUCAGUGCUACGGGGAGUAUUUGGUCGAAGAAGCUUCUUUUGACUUUCUUGGGUAUUAUUAUGGGUGCCUUUAUGUUGGCUAUUGGAUUGAAAAAUCCAUCUGAUGAAGCGACUAUGUUCGGUCUUAUUGCUGGUAUGGCUUUCUUUUUGGAAGCUGCUAAUGGGGCGAACUUUGGUCUCGUUCCGCAUGUUCAUCCCUAUGCUAAUGGUAUUGUGUCUGGCCUGGUAGGUGGAUUUGGAAAUCUCGGUGGAAUUAUCUUCGCCAUCCUCUUCAGAUUCAAUGGAAAGCAGUAUGGUCGGUCGGUCUGGAUUAUGGGUGUGAUUUCUUUGGCAGGAAAUGUGGCGGUUAGCUGGAUUCGUCCAACACCCUCUGUUAUUCAAUGA